AUGGGGGGCAAGAGCGGAAACAAGGCCGGCUACUUCGACAAGCUCAAGGGCUUGCUCGAGGAGUACAAGACCAUCUUCAUCGUCACCGUCGACAAUGUCUCGUCGCAGCAGAUGCACGAGAUCCGUAUCUCUCUGCGUGGCCAGGGUGUCGUCCUGAUGGGCAAGAACACCAUGGUCCGCCGCGCCCUGAGGACCUUCCAGUCCGACUUCCCCGAGUACGAGCGCCUUCUCCCACACGUCAAGGGCAACGUCGGCUUCAUCUUCACCAACGGCGAUCUCAAGGAGACCCGUGAGAAGAUCUUGGCCAACCGUGUCGCUGCUCCAGCCCGUGCUGGUGCCGUCGCGCCCGCCGAUGUCUACGUGCCAGCAGGCAACACUGGUAUGGAACCAGGAAAGACCUCUUUCUUCCAGGCUCUCGGUGUCCCAACCAAGAUUGCCCGUGGUACCAUCGAAAUCACCACUGACCUCAAGCUCGUCGAGGCUGGCAGCAAGGUCGGAGCCUCCGAGGCUACCCUGCUCAACAUGCUGAACAUCUCUCCCUUCACCUACGGUAUGGGCAUUGCUCAGAUCUACGACCAGGGUCAGACUUUCGACGUCAGCGUCCUCGACAUUGAGGAGUCCCAGCUUCUCAAGACUUUCGGCUCUGCCAUCUGCACCAUCGCCUCCAUCUCGUUGGCCCUCAACUUCCCAACUCUGCCAUCGAUCAUGCACAGCUUGGUCAACGGCUACAAGAACCUCAUCUCCAUCGCCCUGGAGACCGAGAUCGAGUGGGAGUCCAUCGCCGAGCUCAAGGACCGCGUCCGCAACCCAGACAAGUACGCUGCUGCUGCCCCAGCUGCUGGCUCUGCCCCAGCCGCUGGUGGUGAUGCUCCAGCUGCUGCCGCUGAGGAGAAGAAGGAGGAGUCUGAAGAGGAGGACGAGGACAUGGGCUUCGGUCUCUUCGACUAA